CUUGACGUCGUCCGCGCUGGUGGCGUUCCGUCUGGCCACCCUUACUGCUCUGUCUGCUUAGCUCUCUGCAAGCUAUGGACGUGGACAUGAACGAGGCCGACUCCCUUGAGGCUCUCUCGGCCAUUCUUGAACGCCUUACCGAGAACCCCUACGACAUCUCCCUUCAUGCCGAACACAUUCGCAUCGCUCACGCAACAGGCAUGGACGGCCAGGCCGGCUCUGCACUAGAGAUGGUGACAGCGUUUUGGGCUGCUGGGGACUAUGUUUGGCUCCCUCUCAUCGAGCACAAGAUAGCCGGGAGCAAUUUGGAGACCCCAGAGGACUUACAGAGCAUCCUCGACUUGUUCUCGCGCGCCGAGCAAGACUACCUGUCCAUCCCUAUACUCCAGAAGCAUCUUGACUUCCUCGUAGAGCGACAUGAACAUUUCGUGGAGGCCGGCGGGAGACCUGACGCUCUCGGGGAAAUGUUCUCUCCGGAAUGGAUGCAUGAUUCUAUCUCCAAAGUCGUGGCUCAAGGAGCUGAGCAUUUGACCAAGAGCCAUCUCCUUUUUGACGCGCAACGAGACUGGGAACUUGAACGCCUCUCAAACGCGACGGGAGAAGAGCGGGAAGUGCUCAUAGGUGUUGUUGAGCAGUUGCUGCUGGAGCGUCUCAAGCAGCCUCAUUCAAAUCACGAAGAGACAUUCCAAACAUACUCCUCAUUCACCACCAACUACAAACCCGCAGACCAGUAUGAGUCCCUGUUAGUGCACGCGUCCAAGUCAAAAGCUCAGGCCGUCAAGGGAUUCCAACGUCGUGAAAACUAUGAGAACUCGCUUGUCAAAGCGAACUACUCUCUCGAGGGUUACGCGUACUACAUCGCCUCAGAGAAGCGUAACAAGAAGCCCGAUCUCUUUGUCCUGAAAGGGCUUUACGAACGAGCCAUUGCUGAAGCCGACAAGCGAAGGUUUUCAGGCGAAGCCAACGCGGAGAAUCUACUACGUUCGUUCUGGAUCGGUUACGUUGACCUCCUACGAACCCAAGCUGUUGAGGAAGACGAGCUGCUUCUCGUCUUCCAGAGGGGCCUCAGAAGUGUGCCAACGUCUGGCGAAUUUCUUGCGCGGUACAUUCGCUACUUGGAACGCGUCUUAGAAUUCGAGGAAGCUGCCAGAGAGAUCAACGCGGUUUACGAGAGAGGUCGGACGAUAGGUCCUCUCCAAGCCGACGUCGAGCAGCUCAUCCCGAGCGUCCUGGCUCGCGCUGGCUUCGAAAAGCGCCAGAUCGAAGCAGGGAAGACCGACCAUGAUUCCCUGCUACAGAUCCUUCUUGAUGCUAUAUCGAGGGCCCACAAGGCGUCAUCCGCCGGCGACCCCAGGCUUAGGUUGGAGAAGUACUUCUCUGCUGUAUGCCUGGAUACCGAAGAAUUAGCCGGGAACGCGCUCGUCAUGUGGGAGGAUGCUACCCGGUUCUAUAAGACAAGCUAUUUGGUGUGGACUGCUUACACCGAAGCCCUGACAAAGGGGCGCAUGUACGAUGACGCACGCAAGGUCUUCCGGGACGUCGCCAAUAAGAACCUCGACUGGCCCGAGGCCGUUUGGGAAGCGUGGAUCGCCUUCGAGCACCUGCACGGUACCGUCGAGCAGAUCGAGGACGCCCUCGACCGCGUCGAACGCGCGCAGGUGCAGGUCAACAAUAGACGUGCUAAGGAGGCGCAGAAGGCACAGGAGGCGGCCGCCCAGUUGAUUGCGGAGACCCAGGCCGCGACGGAGGCAGCGCUACCCGUGCAGGCAGAGACAGCACCCACGCUUGCUGCUAUGGAGGUUGAUUCGGGGGCGCCUGCGGAGGCUUCAGCAAAGAGGAAGGCAGAGGACGAAGGCACUCCGGAGCCUACCAAGAAAGCUAGACUUGAGGAACAAGCGAAGCUGAAGAGAGAUCGUGAAAAUUGCACGGUGUUUGUCGCCGAAAUGCCCGCUGGCGUCACGGAGGAUGAAUUGAGGACAUUAUUCAAGGAUUGCGGCAGCAUCCGUGAGAUCAAAAUUACACAGCUACCGAACUCUCUCGUUGCCACUGUUGAGUUCAUGGACCGAGAGAGCGUCCCUGCGGCGCUCACAAAGGACAAGAAGCGAAUCCGCGGCCAGGAGGUGGCUGUUCACCUUGCGUGGAAGUCAACGCUGUACGUCACGAACUUCCCAGAGAAGGCGGACGAUAAGUUCAUUAGGACGUUGUUCGGAAAGUAUGGCGAGAUCUUCGACGUGCGGUGGCCGAGCAAGAAGUUCAAGAGCACGCGGCGGUUCUGCUAUGUCCAAUUCACUUCCCCUACUGCCGCUGAGCAUGCUUUGGAGCUGAACGGCACGGAACUCGAGGAAAGCCAUAAAAUGUCUGUGUUUAUCUCUAAUCCUGAGCGAAGGAAAGAGCGCACAGACAGUGAUGCGGACGACCGUGAGGUCUACGUCGCGGGCCUCAGCAAACUUGUGACGAAGGAAGAUCUCGAGAACCUAUUCAAGACGUAUGGUACCGUCAAGGAUGUGCGCAUGAUCUUGGACGACAAAGGUCGCUCAAAGGGUUUCGCAUUCGUCGAGUUUGAGACCGAGAACGAUGCGCGUGCCGCCCUUGCUGCCAAUAACCACGAACUCAAGCAGCGUCGUAUGGCUGUUACUCUGGCGGACAGCCGCGUGCGCGCGAAGAACAAAGCUCCCGGAUAUCGUGCGGAAGUGCGGAAUCGAUCCGUACGGGUUCGCAACCUCCCGCCCAACACGCAGGAGGGCUUGUUGCAGCAAGCGCUUGAGAAGCAUGCGCGAGUCAAGCGAGUGGAGGUGUUCCAAGAUCUCAACGAGGCAGAUGUUGAGCUUGAGGAUGCUGCGGAAGCAGGCAAGUUACUGCUCCGACCAGAUUCGAUCGUCUUUGAUGGCAACACUCUGCAAAUUGUGGCGGAGAGUACGACAGGGCCGCGCACUGCUCGUCCGCUGGCGCCGCCUGCAGCAAACACUGGGCUCUUUGUGCCUCGCGCUGCUGUGUCUCGACCGCGUGCGGGACUAGGAAGCAAACAACGUGGUCUAGGAACGGGACAGGUGUCUCGCUCUGCCGCCGACCCGGGCUCGAGUGCAUCGACACCUUCACCUGCAAAUGGAGGGGCGAGCAAGGGCCAGGAUGACUUCCGAAGGAUGCUUUCAGGAGGGAAGUGAAUACUGUGUUCAGUGGCUUGUGGUAUCGAAGGCCCCUUGUGGUAGAUGCUGUAUCAUGCUUUUUGCAAAGUUCAUAUGCUUAAGCACUGAUUGUACAGCGUGUCACAAAGGUCAACCAAAAAUAGCCGUCAGGCCUGAUAGUGAUCUGACCGCGUCCGGCUUCCAAACCCGUAUGUAGUAGCCCUAAUUAGUGUGUCUAGGCUAAU